AGCGAGGACCCGUCGGAGCUCAUCGAGUUAGAAUUCUCUAGUCGCCGGGAUCGAAUCUAGACGCGUAGAACUCUCUCGUCUUCCUGUAGAUCGCUGGCGGAUCUUCUCGAGAUCGCCGAUUACAAGACCAACAUGGCGUCCUUUUGGUUCCUGGACACGCUGGCGCUACAGGUUCACAGGCACAGGGGGAACCUGGACGAUCGUUAUCUGAGCGUCUUGAUCAGCUGGCUAGCUGGGGAAAUGUCGCUUAUCCGGGAUAAGAGGCUCUCGCGCGGAGAGUUUCUCAGGCUGAUGAAGGAGAUGUUUCGCCUCGCCGCGAAUGUAAUUGCUGGAGAAAACCGAUGUCCUUAUUGGGAUGAGAUCGAAGUGGCCGAAGGAAUGGAGGAAAACGUGGAAAAUGGAGAUUCUAGCUCGAAGGAUCCUGAAGGAAUAUCCCGUUUUUCAUUCGUGUUCCUAAUUGAUUUUUGCAACAGGCAAUCUAGGGACCAGCGGAGUAACUUGGAUAAGAAAGAGUUUUCUGGAGAUCGAGAUCAGACUGACGGUUUCUUCAGCAAUGUAGAACCGAUUUCUGUGCUGGACACUAUAAUGGAGUCUACCUACGAUAUGUACGCCAAUGAAUUACGCUAUUUCCUCGUCUAUUCAGUCUUCGUCGAAUCGAUCGAAGUGCAAUCUUAUCAGCUGCCAUUCACUCUGAGGACGCCGCGUCCUGUGAAGCUGGUGGAUCCCAAGUCGAUGCCUUUCUGCGUGGGGCUUCGCAAGAAAUUAGAAAAAUUCGGAACCACCGAUAAGUCGAAGAAAACGGAGAAAAUAGCGACAGGCAAAGGCAAGAAAAAGGAUCCAUCGGCGGUACCGAACACCCCUUCGUCUUCGCUCGUCGACGAAGAAAUUCUACUCGAGAAGCGAAGAUUUAUUCUGCCACUGAUAGAGGCGAACGAAACGAUGAAAAUAUUUGACAUGCUUGGAAGAGACGAUUAAAUAGCGAGACACGUAGGCAUUAAUGCCAAAUAUUUCUUUAUUUGUUCGCGAUCAUGUUAGGAGCAGGGUGCCCCAUUCUCGGCACCGGAAAUCUUUAACUGCGAUAGUUCCAGGGAUUUCUAAUUUGAUGAACUUUGACGAGCUCUGUAAGGCCUCCCCUGAUUGUCCUAACUGUCCAUAUUUGUUGCAUCCGCAACCCCAAAAGGUGCCAUCGUCUGUUAAAACAGAAAUAAUACUUUGGUAUACUUUUUCCCCUCGUUUCCUGAUCGAAGAUACGUACCAGUUACACAUAUGGUGAACGUGUUCCCGCAUUCGACUUUCUUCACGAAUAUUUCUACGCUCUCGUUUUGGUCGUCUGUAAAAUUUAUUAAUGUGGGCACAGCGACCACUUUACUCUCCAUAUUAGGCAGGCCUAGCUCCGAGUUCGUAUUCCACCCCCAUGUGUACAAGUCGCCCUACGAUCGAACAGGUUUUUUUUUCUUGAAAAAUAGGUUUCUGAUUGUUGGUGGAUUUUUGAAAAAUUCGGGAUAUUAACUUGAUCUGUAACUACGGCGCUGUGCCAACCCUGUGCCGAGAUGCAAACAACUUUUAGACCGGCCAGAGCCUCGAUCAGUGUAGGGUUGUCGCAAUCCUCCAAAUCAUUGUGCCCUAAUUGGCCACGUCUGCGUUAUAUAAAUGAUUCGUUGUACUGUAAUGUUGCAUUAAUCUUGGACACUCGAUAGACGAUACGUACGUUCCUAUCCCCAUCGAAUAUACGUCACCACUCUCUGAUAGUAGGAUAGUGUGGUCAAACCCACAGGCAAUGUCUAUGAAUUUUACCCUCUUUGGCAUUUCGACUAACGUAGGGGCAUUAAAUACUCGACCUAAAGUGUCAGUAGUUUGGAAUUGGAAUUUUAUUUACUAUUAGACUUUUAAUAUGGUAAAUGUGUACCUAAGUUAGUAAGGACCACAGUGCAACCCGCUCUGAGGACUUUAACAGGAUGUUCUUUAAUCGAAUCAUCAUUGCUUGGUAUGAAAUUUGUCACCUUCUUCCAAAAACCAUUGUGCUCGUAGACCAUAUAUUGCCAAAAUUCAUUUUGGUUCGAUAAGAUCACUAUAUUGUCUU